AUGAGACACGAAGGUCUUACAAAGGCGCAGAGCUCCCUCCUUUCCCAGGCCCGUAUCGGGGAUAUAGGCCUCCGGGACUACCUGUUCAGGGUGAAAGUCCCGGAGGUCCGUACCCCCUAUUGCGAGUGCGGGAGAGGCAGGGAGACGGUGGAGCACUUGGUGGGUGCGCGGAGCAGAAGAUUUGUUAGGAAGGUCCUUGGCUGGCUGAUGGACUCUGGCCGGCUACUGGAGUAUAGGCUGGCCAGAAGGCUGGAGCUAGAAACAGUGGAUGGGGAGGGCUAG